AUGGACCCACAAACUUUAGAAAAUUACUAUAGAAAUUAUUUCCCUUGCAAUGCCCUUUGCAGAUGGCUCAAUGCAGGAGUUGAGCUUGAAACACAAGAUCCUCAUUACGACAAAACUUACUUUGAAAGAAGAGAAUUUUCUUUCACUUUGCCGGGAGAUACACUAACUCAAACCAAUUAAUUUUUGAAAAAUAAAAUUAUUUUAUUUUCGUAAAAAAGUAAUUUAAUAAUUAUACCGUAUAUAUUGCCGCCAUCAAAGUUUCAGCUCCGCAGAUGAGUUCAAAAAUCAGCUAAUCCACGACAAGCCAGAAAAAUUUGAUAUUGGAGCUAUAUGAACAGUCCCUCCUAAAAGAAAAGACUCAAUGCUUAAUAAAAUCCGCUAUGAGACUAUCGAAAGAGAGUUUGUCAUUGAUAUUGAUAUGACUGAUUAUGACAAAGUCAGAACAUGCUGCUCUGGCGCUGUAGUCUGCCAGCUUUGCUGGAAAUUCUUAGUGGUCGCUUGCAAAUCAAUGGAUAUUGCAUUAAAAGAAUCAUUUGGGUACACAGUCAAUUUGUGGGUAUAUUCUGGCAGAAGAGGUGUCCAUUGCUGGGUUUCUGACCCAUCCGCAAGGCGUUUAAAUGAUUUUCGAAGAAAAUCAUUAAUAGAAUUCCUUAAUUCAGGGCCAAAGUCUCAUACACCUUUUCUCCAGAUUUACAGAGAAGUUUUGAGACCUCGAUUUGAAGAAAUUAUUGUGAGGGAACAGAAAUUGUUUGAAAACCAGGAAAGACUGAACGAAUGUGUCGAAAUUAUUAAUAAUCAGCUUGGAGCUAAGAUGCAGUUUGUAGCGAAAUCAACAAGUGAGGAAACUUGGGCAGAAGUCAGUGAGUUUAUUAAUUCUCAGCCUGACUCAAUAGUAAUUGAUCAAAUCAAGCAAAAAAUUUGUUUUAAAUAUGCUGAAUUUAAUUAAAUUUAUCAAAAAUUAUGGUCUAAAUAUUAUAGAUAUGCCAAAAGUUUGAUUUUAUUUUGCAAAAUAUACUUAUAUCCAAGAUUAGAUGUCCAUGUCUCCAUGGCAAUGAACCAUUUAUUGAAGUCUCCUUUUUCUAUUCACCCCAAAACUGGAAAUGUUUGUGUCCCAUUUUUAGUUGAAAAUGUGGAAGAAUUCCAAAUCGAUAAAGUUCCUAAUUUAACAAGUCUCUGUGAAGGAAUUGAUAAUUUAGAGCCAUAUGUGGAGAUCUUAAAUAAUGUAAGCAACCAGCUAAAAGAAUGCAGUAGAAUCGAGAGAAGCAAAAGAGUUGCAGCUUUGCGAGAGCAAAAUACAAAAUUUUAA